AUGUCUCUUCCCGGUCUAGAUCUUACGCAACCCUCUGGGGAGAAGGAGUUUGUCCCCGCACCGCCUACACAGAUCAGUCUUUCCAAAGGUUCGGAAUGGCGAUUUGAGGUUGCUUUCGGCACCAUCGUGCGCGUCAGGCUUCUCGCCGGCACCGCCGAACUGUUCGGCACCGAACUCGCACCGUCACAAACGUACACCUUCUCCGGCACGAAAGCCGCGAUCUACACCUGGCACGGGUGUACCUUGGAGGUCAGCGCCGGCGAGACCUAUUCGACGCUGGAUAGCCUGGCGCCCGGCGGCAGCAACGGAUCGAUCACGGCGGGCGAUGGCAGCACGACGCGCGGCUUAGGCGCCGGAGGCUGCCAGAGCGAGUACACAGCGGAGGAGACACCCAUGGUGGAGUAUGCCAACGUGCACUUCGCGCUGGAGACGAUGCGCCAGCAGGCCAAGGCGCAGGGCAGAGACGGCCCGCGGGUGCUGAUUCUCGGCCCUGAGGACGCGGGCAAGACCAGUCUCGCAAAGAUCUUGACGGCGUACGCCACCAAGGUCGGGCGGCAGCCGAUCGUCGUCAACCUCGACCCAACGGAGGGCAUGCUGAGUGUGCCUGGCACGUUGACGGCGACCGCGUUCCGCACGAUGAUCGAUAUCGAGGAAGGGUGGGGCAGUAGUCCCAUGUCGGGGCCGAGUGCAGUGCCCGUCAAGCUGCCGCUGGUGUAUUUCUAUCCGAUGGCGAAUCCGCUCGAGGCGGAGGGGUCGGUGUAUAAGGGGAUCGUGUCGCGGUUGGCGCUCUCGGUGAUGGGGCGGAUGGCGGAGGAUGAGGAUGCCAGGGAGACGGGAAUUAUUGUGGAUACACCCGGAAUUCUCAGUCAGAGUAAGGCGGGAAAUGUGGAGUUGAUCAAGCAUAUCGUGACCGAGUUUGCCAUUACGACGAUUUUGGUCAUCGGCUCCGAACGGCUCUACAGUACGAUGAUGAAGAACUUCGAUAACAAACCUACGGCUAGCGCGUCCGCUGUGGCGUCAGACGAGCGUAUCUCGGUGGUCAAGCUGUCCAAGUCGGGGGGAUGUGUGGAUCGGGACGCCGCGUUCAUGAAAGCCGUCCGCGAGUCGCAGAUCCGCACGUACUUUUUUGGAAAUCCGAUCCCUUCGACGGCAUCGGCGGCGCUGUCGUUGUCGGCUGCGUCUACCACGAACGUGACCUUGUCGCCGCACGCGCAGCAGCUAGAUUAUAGUUCCUUAGCGAUAUACAACUACACUGUGGCCUCGGUGGAGGAGGACGAGGAUGAGUACGACCCGGCGCAGUUUGGGACAGAUUCGUUCCUCCCUGGAGGCAACGAGGCGGACCAGAGCCAGGGUCACCAGCCAGAGGAGAGUAGUGCUACGCCUACUUUGCCGGGGCUGCCGGGGCUGCCGGGACUGCCUGGGAGUAGCACGGGUGGUGCGGAGACGACCAGCGCGAGUGUGCCGAUGAAGAAGCUGCUGCCGCCGGCGCCGACGGGGUUGGCCAAUUCGCUGCUGGCCAUCACGCACGCGGCGCCGACAGCGAGUCCGGGGGAUGUGCGCGAUGCGAGCAUCAUGGGGUUUUUGUAUGUGGCGGAAGUAAACAAUGAGCGGGGGAAGAUCCAGGUAUUGGCGCCGGUGGGGGGGAGAGUGCCUCCGCGGGCGUUGGUGUGGGGGAAGAAAUGGCCUGGGGAGGUGGUAGGAUUAGUGGGUUAG